AACGGGAAUGGGUCCACAUCCAACUCUCAGCACGAUGGCAGGAAACGCGUUGCAAUCAUAGGUGCAGGAGCUUCCGGCAUGUCCGCCGCCUACGCACUCUCGCUGCACCCCGACAAGUUUGCCGUGACGAUCUUCGAGCAGUCCGCCGACACAGGUGGGAUGGCGACCUCCAUCCCCAUCGACGGCGCUGCAUACGGCGCCGAGUACAUCAAUGACGGAGUACAGGGCGCGAGUCCCGUGUUCUACAACACGUACGCUAUGUUCGACAAGCUUGGGUUCAGCGCGAGCCCCGUCGGGAUGCAGGUCAGCUUUGGGAGGGACAAGGACACGGAGUUUUGGAGUAACGUGUUUCCGAGUCGGGUUAUCGACAAGUUUGGGCCGGACAUUAAGAAGUUUGGCCGGGUGUUGAAGUUCAUCAAGACCUUUGAGCCGCUCUUCGCUGUUAUAUCUGUGCAAGCGAUGCUCAAGAUGUUCCGCUUCUCCAAGGCAAGCCCCAUCGCGUUAAUACGGCAACUGGAAGACUUCGGUGAGACGAUUGUCUACCCGCUGGUUGCGCUCUUCUUCGGUACGGGCAACCAAACACCGUUCAUCUCCAGCGCUAUCCUCGAGCGUGUGUUUAUGGAUCCAAAUAUGAGACUGUACUCCCCCGAUUCCUUCCUUGCCUCUAUCCCCGAUAUGCGGGCCUUCCCGCGUCUCUCAGAGCUCUACGGAUCGUGGUCCAAGGAAGUUACGUCUAGAGGUAAUGUUGACAUUCGCACGUCGCGCCAGGUCACGCGUAUUCUCCGCGGCCGACCUGUUGAGGGCUCUUCAAGCAAGGCUACCGUCAGCGUACAGGUGUUCAGCCAGUCGACGGCAGGGCUUGGCACCGACCAGAAGCCGAAGGAGCCUUUCGGGCCGGAGGAGCGCGACGAAUUUGACGAGUUGAUCAUGGCGUGUGACGCAGAUUCAGCGUUGAAGAUUUUGGGCAAGCAGGCGAGCUGGAUGGAGAGGAAGGUUCUUGGAAAUGUGAAGUAUCUUUGGGAUAUCAGUGUGACGCACAACGACGUUGAGUACAUGGAGAAGUACUACCGACUACGCUACUCGCCCGAUUUGAAGUCUUCCCGCACGGAUGAUGACGCAAAGAAGGGAUACGAGCUCGCGGAGAAGGAGUUCUCGCCUUUGUACUUCAUUCGGAGCUACCCAAGCGACAAGAAGAAGAUCGAGAUGAGCUUCGACUUGACGAAUUAUCAGGCUCAGUUCAAAGGCGAGCACCCACGCGGCCCACUCGCACGUACCUCCCCCGCAGAAACCGGUGAAGACGGCUCGCCGCCCCAGCCACCUAGCUCGUCCCCGCCGCUUGAGAAACAUGUUUUCCAGACGAUUUUCUUGGACCGAGACGGGAGCGAAGAGUUGUGGAGCCGGGAUGACGUCGAUACGGACAAGGUCAUAUAUGAGAAGUGGUGGAAGCAGCAGAGUCACCGCUGGCAGCACUACGCUGGAACGGUUCCAUGGAUGAUGAUGAUCAAUGGCAAGCAUCACACGCGGUAUGCGGGCGCGUGGUCUGUUUUGAAUAUGCACGAGAUUGCAGUGGUGUCCGGGUUCGCUGCUGCCUAUCAGCUAGGUGCUGACUAUCCAUUCAGCGAAGACGAGAACUGCAAGCGCCUUUUCAGGCUGUAUCUGGGACUUAGUCACGGUUCGAGGAUGAGGGCGGAGGACAGGAAGGGAUUCUUCGCAUAAGGGCUCGGAGAUAAUCGAAGAUUUAUUGGCGCAUCAUUAUUCUCAUAGUAAUGUUGU